AUGUUUCUUUGGGAUUGGGUUACCGGCGUCCUGGGAUAUUUAGGCUUGUGGAAAAAAUCAGGAAAGUUACUAUUCCUUGGUUUAGAUAAUGCUGGAAAAACUACUCUAUUACAUAUGUUGAAAGAUGAUCGUUUGGCCCAACACACUCCAACAUUGCAUCCAACAUCUGAAGAAUUAUCCGUUGGAAACAUAAAAUUCACAACAUUUGAUUUGGGUGGCCAUUCUCAAGCAAGAAAAGUAUGGAAAGAUUAUUUCCCUGCUGUAGAUGCAAUUGUAUUUUUGGUAGAUGCUUGUGACAAAUCUAGAAUUAUGGAAAGUAAAAAUGAAUUAGAUUCGUUAUUGCUUGAUGAAUCUUUAUCUAACUGCCCCGUACUUGUCCUUGGUAACAAAAUUGAUAGACAAGGUGCAUUGAAUGAACAAGAAUUAAGAACUUAUUUUGCAUUGAACCAAACAACUGGAAAAGCUAGAGUACCCAGAACAGAUCUUCCAGGUCGUCCUUUAGAAGUUUUCAUGUGUUCUGUAUUGAAACGUCAUGGUUAUGGAGAAGGGUUCAGAUGGCUGGCACAAUAUAUUGAUUAA